ACGCAGUUUAUGGAGCUCUCCGAACGCGUUCAGGACCUGGUGUACAACUCCCGUCUAGUUGCCCCGCUCUACACGCGUUCCCCUCUUCCCACCGGUCGCCAUGACGCCGUCCUGUUGACCCGAAUCCGCCUAAGAGACGGCAGUUGGUUGCCACGUGGCGAGAAAGUGCUUGUUUGGUCGACACGAGCAGGUCCGGCACCUCGACUGGCGCACGAAUGGCACGUGGAGACGCUUGACAAUCAACAACAUUUGACCCUGCCGGCCAUCUGUCUCUGGCUCACUCGAGCCGAACUCUCGCCGAGGCUUUCGCGUAGAUCCGGCCAGCCGAUGUCUUUAUGUGAUCCGGCCGUGAACCUCAACGAAGGCAACAAGGCGGCGGCUGACUGGUAG